AUGUGUUCAUUGCAAUUAUUUCCAAAUGCAACGUGCAAUAAAAUCGAUGCAUGUCGUACCGAUCUGAAUCUCAGUUGUGCUAUUGAUUGCUAUGGUAAAUUUACUCAAUGUUCACCAGGUUCAACAACCGCGCAACCAAAUGUGACCACUGCAGUUGGAUCAUGUAAUGGACUUUGCAAUCAAGUCUUGAGUAGAAAUCUGACCACACUUCAUUAUCAAGGAGGAAUAUUCGCUCAUAAUAAUGGAACUCUGUAUGUAGCCGACGGUACACCUACAAAUACAGUUUUUGUAUUUGAGCCCAAUCAGCAAAUAGGUCGACCGUUGAUGACUUUUGCCGAUUGGCCGACUUACAUUUAUGUUGACAAUACAACAUCGAAUAUUUAUGUGACUAUUCUCAACUUAAACUUUUUAAAAAUAUGGCCAUCAAAUGCCACAAUUCCACCAAGUGGAAUCACGGCCAGUUGUACUCUGAACAAACUGAAUGGACCCACUAAUUUUGUUUUUGAUUCUCUGGGUAAUAUAUACAUUUCAAGUUACUCAUGCCAUUGGGUGACGAAAUGGGCUCCAAAUGCUACAACUGGAACACAUAUAGCCGGAUCAACAACAGGAACAGCAGGUUCUACGAAUCAACUUCUCAACUUACCUUACGGUCUCGUUCUCGAUGAGUCAUACUCAGCACUAUAUGUGUCUGAUCGCAACAACCAUCGCAUACAAAAAUUUACUUUGGGUAAUUCAAUUGCUAUAACUGUAGCUGGUGGUUAUGGUGCUGGUUCAGCGUCGAACCAACUUAAUCGUCCUACUACGAUUAUCAUGUCUCAAAUCGAUGCUGCGUUGUAUAUUUGUGACAGCUACAAUAACAGAAUUCAAAAAUGGGCAAUGGGUGCAUCUUUUGGUAUUACUAUUGCUGGAAGCGCUAAUGGUAUGGCGGGUAAUACACUAAAUUUAUUCAACACACCUUAUGAUAUAUGGAUUGAUUCGGAUGAAACGUACCUGCUCAUAUCAGAUACUUAUAAUUGUCGUGUACAACGAUAUGCACUUCGAUAA